AUGGAUUCCACCUCCUCCCCAGAGAGGCCUCUCGGCCCAAAGGAGCCGAUCAAGGUGCUCUGCGAGAAGCGAGGCCUCAACAGGGAAACCGUAGAAGAGUGUUUGAACAAGUUCCUGGCUCCGGAUACGGAAGGGAUCCGAAUCCGCAAUCUGGACCUCUACGUACAGGCAUUCUGUCAUAAGUCGGCUCUGCGCGAGUACGAUUGUCCUUUCGGUGACAACGAGCGCUUGGAGUUCUUGGGGGACUCCGUGCUCAAUCUGGUGGUGACGAAGUACUUAUUCGACCGUUAUCCGGAUCGCGCCGAAGGUUUCUUGACGAGGUUGCGGACCAAACUCGUCCGUAGUUCGAGCUUGUCGGCAUGGGCUCGCGACAUGGGCCUCCAAGACCUCAUCUUGAUGAGUUCCAAGGCUUUGGAACAGGGCUGGCACAACAACACCCGAAAACUAGAAGACGUAUUCGAAGCCCUGAUCGGCAGUCUCUUUCUGGACACUGGGAUAGCCUCCUGCAAGAGGUUACUGUAUCCGAUCCUGGACAGCUGCGACUUCGCCUGCGUAGAAGAGGACACUAACUUCAAAGACAUCCUCCUGAGGAGGAUGCAAGCCGUGCACUCUUGGCUGGUCGCUCAACAGCUGAACGUCACUCAGUACGGAGCAGAGAGCCUCCCGGAGUAUCACCUGAUGGAAACGUUAGGGCCAGAGCAUAGACGGGUAUUCAAGGUCGCCACCUGCGUGGCAGGGGUGCACCUAGGGAUUGGCGAACAUCCGAAGAAGAGAGAGGCGGAGCAAUGUGCUGCUAAGAUGGCAUUAGAGCACCUAUCGAGAUACGGCCUCCCUACCUUCCCGACCAGGAUGGGCUACAGGGUCCCCGUCCCGCCUUCGGUCGCGGAGACGUGCAUCAACGUGAUCCGUGCGGACAGAGCCUUCUUCUCGCUGUCUCGAAAGAUCUUGGUCAUCACCUUCUUCACGGCCGUGCUGGGUUGGUCCCCCUUCACCACGCUUCCCUUUUUCACAUACUGCAUGAGGUCGCUGCCGUCCGUGGACACGAUUUCGGACACUUCGUACGUCCGAGACCUCUCUACCUUUGGGGGCGUCUUCGGGGGGCUCGGCGAACCUGCUGACUCGGUAGGUGCGUCUGCCUCUACCUUGCGUCUCGACCUAGACAUCGACUUCUCCGCGGGCGGCGGGGGGUCCAUCUUUUCUGUGUCCUAG